CAAAUACGAGCGGGCUAUGGCGGAGCGCAGAUUCAACGCACCCUGGCAGGCCAUGCUCCCUGUCUGCCAGGCCCCCCCAUCUCUGAGAUCCACCUGUAUAUCAGCCAGGGUUCAUGAAGCAUGACCAGAACAGGGGCCAGCGGGGUCUGUGGAGGAACAUCAGGAUGUAUGCAGUGAAUCGUGCUCCUCUGCUUCUGCACACUGAAUCCAAAAAGAUUCUGGAUCUGCGUGUGUGCAUAAAGAAGUAUCCGGGUGCAAAUCAUCACCUCUGGCAGUCAUGAGGAAUAGAGGGCUGAAGACGCAGUCCUGAAGAUUGAUGGAGGGCCAUGCUAUUCAAACAGCAGGCAUUGCUGAGACAGAAGCUCUUCGUUCUGGGCAGCCUUGCUAUCGGAAGUGUCCUCUAUCUCGUGGCCAGGGUUGGGACCUUGGAUAGGCUUCAGCCCAUUUGCCCCAUUGAGAGCAGACUGCCCCCUCCUGAGCCGGAGCAGAUCCCCCUCCGAACCCUGCAGUUCAAACGCGGCCUGCUUCAUGAACUCCGCAAGGGCAAUGCUACCAAAGAGCAAAUCCGCCUGCACAACCUGGUCCAGCAGCUCCCUCGGGCCAUCAUCAUCGGGGUGCGUAAGGGGGGCACCCGCGCCCUGCUGGAGAUGCUCAAUCUGCAUCCAGCCGUGGUCAAGGCCUCGCAAGAGAUCCACUUCUUCGACAACGACAAGAACUACGCCCGGGGAAUUGACUGGUACAGGGAGAAGAUGCCCUUCUCCUUCCCUCAUCAGAUCACCAUUGAGAAGAGCCCGGCCUACUUCAUCACAGAGGAGGUCCCUGAACGCAUCUUCAAGAUGAACUCCUCCAUCAAGCUGCUGAUCAUCGUCCGUGAGCCCACCACCCGAGCCGUGUCCGACUACACACAAGUGCUGGAGGGCAAGGAGCGCAAAAACAAGACCUACCAUAAGUUUGAGAAGCUGGCCAUCGACUCCAACACCUGCGAGGUGAACACAAAGUACAAAGCUGUGCGGACCAGCAUCUACACCAAACAUUUGGAGCGCUGGCUCAAGUACUUUCCUGUGGAGCAGUUCCACAUUGUGGACGGGGACCGCCUGAUCACAGACCCGCUGCCUGAGCUUCAGCUGGUCGAACGCUUCCUCAACCUGCCCUCCAGGAUUAGCCAGUACAACCUGUACUUCAACGCCACCAGAGGGUUUUACUGUCUGCGAUUCAACAUUGUCUUCAACAAGUGCCUGGCAGGCAGCAAGGGCCGCAUCCACCCGGAGGUGGACCUGUCAGUGGUGACGAAACUGCAGAAGUUCUUUCACCCCUUCAAUCAAAAGUUCUACCAGAUCACUGGGAGGACAUUCAACUGGCCGUGAUGAUAUUCAGACUGCUUCAGUCAGAGCCUUUGGUUUGGUGUGUUUUUUAACACCGAGCUACAUGAUAUCAGCAGAUAUUAAUAGCACUUUGAUUGAAUUUAAUACCAGAGUGACAGUGUGACCAAAUAUUCAAAGGAACUUGAUGUGAGUUUGUUUUUAAGUGUGUGAAACUGAAACAAAGCAGUUUGAUGGUUUGACUAAAAGACUUUCUUCAAAGCUCUUGAUCUCGUAAAUUAAUUCACCUGUCUGUCAAUGUUCCCCACGAAGAGGAAGGAAAACAGUCCUGAGCUGAGAUUAACUACAGAGAUUAUUUUUGUUGCUCUCUAAACAGACACUCAUGCUGUUAAGAUAAGCUUUAAUGUGACGCUUUUCUUAUGAUAAAAGAUGACAUCUGAUAAAUACAACUGCUCAUUUGUCCCCCCAUUAUGUUGUUUUGUUGACCAAAUCUGCAUGUGCAAUCAAGACUCAACCAUUACCCUGUAGACUCAUGUAUCAGUUUCUAUCUGAUACAUUUAUUUUGACUUCAUGCUGUGAUCUCUCCCUUAGAAAGUGACCUCUUUUAUCCUCAUCCAUGUACCCGCCCUGAAGAUCAGAUCAGGCUGAUCAAAACAGAGUUUAGUGUUUCAUGCUUGACUCAAACCAUUUAAAAGCCUUUAAAGCAUUUAAAGACUUCACCAUGUGUUUCUGAUGUAAGUAUGUCUUUUCCUCACCUCUCACAGCUUUUCCAUUAAUUUGCAAACACCGGGCAAAAAGCCAUAGAGAAAAAAAAAACAAAACCUGUCCUCUGAUGAUUCCUGUCAAACCGA